AUGUCGCUCGAAAAAUACCAGACGGAGCUCAUCGAGCACGGCAUGUCCGCCGGUGCGCUCAAGUUCGGGACCUUCACCCUCAAAUCAGGCCGGACCUCGCCCUACUUCUUCAACGCCGGCCUGCUCGCGUCCGGGCCCGUGCUCGACACGCUGUGCUCCGCGUACGCCGCGACGAUCGCGCGCGCGCUCAAGGCGUCGCCCGGGCUGCCCGCGUUCGACGUGCUCUUCGGGCCCGCGUACAAGGGCAUCCCGUUCGCGGCGGGGACCGCGCUGCUGCUGCACCGCGACCACGGCAUCACCGUCGGGUUCGCGUACGACCGCAAGGAGGCGAAGGAUCAUGGGGAGGGCGGGAUCCUCGUGGGCGCGCCGGUGAAGGGCAAGCGCGUGCUGGUGCUGGACGACGUCGCGACGGCGGGCACGGCGAUCCGUCAGGCGAUUGAGACUGUGACGAAGGAGGGGGGCGAGGUCGUUGGCGCGGUGUUGAUGCUCGACAGGCAGGAAGUGGGGAAGGAGGGGAAGAGCACACUUGCGGAGGUGGAGGCGCUGCUGGGCGGGAAGGGGCGUGUGCCGACGAUCCUGCGGAUGAAGGACCUCAUGAAGUGGCUGCAGGAGCACGGACGGACGGAGGAGCUUGCGAAGAUGCAGGAGUACUGGGAGCAAUACGGCGCGAAGGAGAGCGAAUGA